GGCCGCGGCGAUAUACACGCUUCCAUCCGCCAGUGGAGCUGCAUCGAAGGGACGAGCACAUUCCUAGUCCGCCGCCACACACCGACAAGCACACAAUCCGUUCGACAUGGCCGACCAACUAACAGAGGAGCAGAUUGCAGAGUUCAAGGAGGCCUUCUCCUUAUUCGACAAGGAUGGCGACGGCACUAUCACCACCAAAGAACUCGGCACCGUCAUGAGGUCGCUGGGUCAGAACCCCACAGAGGCCGAGCUGCAGGACAUGAUCAAUGAGGUGGACGCUGACGGUAAUGGAACCAUUGACUUCCCAGAGUUUUUGACCAUGAUGGCGAGGAAAAUGAAGGACACAGAUAGCGAGGAGGAGAUCCGUGAGGCUUUCCGGGUAUUUGAUAAGGAUGGAAACGGCUACAUCAGCGCCGCAGAGCUUCGUCACGUCAUGACGAACUUGGGCGAGAAGCUAACGGACGAGGAAGUGGACGAAAUGAUCAGAGAAGCAGACAUCGACGGAGACGGACAGGUCAACUAUGAAGAGUUUGUACAGAUGAUGACUGCAAAGUGAAGCUUGCUCGCCCUAUUCUGUCCCCUUAGAAGAAAAAACAAUGAAAAAAAUGGGAAAAAAAAAAUCCAAAUGUUUUACUUACCUCUUGGAGAAAAAAGUUCAUUUAUUCAUACUGUUUCUGUAUAGAAAAUAAUUGAAUGUUGAAAUACAAGAUCCCUCUGUCCACACAGAGAAAUAUUAAGAAAAAAAAAAACACAAAAAAUAUCUGCAUGAAAAAGAUGGUUAGUGAUCCUUCCCUCCUCCCUCCCUCCCUCUUUCCUCUGGAGAUAAUUUAGCAUCAGUACUGAACAAAUAAUAACUUUCACCCUGUAACGACUACUUUCAGACUAAAGCAAAGAAGUUGGUGUCCAGUUCCAUUUGCUCGUAGUAAAUGUCCGGGCUGGCCAUCUCCUCUAUAUCUCUCUUUUUCUGUUCUUUGUGCAUGCAAGCUUGAGACCGGAGCACACACAACCCCCGUUCCUCCCUCGCCCCACACCCUGACCCUCCUCCGGGCUACCAGAGCGUGCUGAUUCCACUAUACGCUGUCCUCUUAAUGGUUUGGUACAAUUUUUUUUUUGUAUUUGGAGAGGAACCCUGUAAUGUUAAGAUGAGAGGCUAUUCCAGGUUCUGACUCAUAAAGCAUAAAGUGGAAUGGGACUUAAUUGUAUGCUAGUUAAUAUUGAGAAAAAAAAACGUUUAAAAAAAAAAACAUUUAAAAAAAAAACAAAAAAAAAAACCCAACAUUUUGGCAUGUUCUUUUAUUUUGUGUUUAUGUUGUAUGGAUGACCAUCUUAGUAGUUGUGUGUCCUGCCCUUUAAAAGGAGGAGGGGGGGGACUUCAAGAGUCUUACGGUGAGCUUUCUUUCUUUGAUUUUUUUUUCUUUCUUUCAUUCUUUCGCUGAGAUGGGAGUGUCUGUCCUGUUUUCUUGCAAGAGAGAGAAUCACUGGCCUUCACUUUUCUUUUUCUUCUGUUUCUCGACUCGGACGAGUGAGCGUUGUGCUGCGUUCACAGCACACGCUGUUAAGGAGCACACCGCCGCUCUUCAUCUGAGUUCAGUUUACAUUCAUUCCAAGUUGUACAUGCUAUAGUUUUUUUGUUUUGUUUGUUGUUGUUGUUUUUUUUCUUUUUCAAAUAAAAACCAUGGACUUUA